GCCAUAUCAACACGCCAUCUUCAAAAGCCUCAGCCCCGUUUCCUGGCCAUGCUGCGGGCUGUGCUCUGCUUGGCUCUGGAGAGAGCCUUAGGCUUUGGGACGGGCGAGAUCUCUUCGGAGCUGUUGAACUAUGUCUCAAACCCCAUCGCCAGACACACUGCUUGCAGGGUGGCAGCCAAUUCGCCAACGGUGUGUUUGCUGGAAGGCUCUGUCACCACUAAUGAGCUCAUGGAUUACUACAUCCUGACGCUUCCAGAGGAAGGCUUGCUCUACGAGACCUCGCCCAACUUCCGGUCCUUCGGCUCGGCGCCGCUCAUGGCGCCGGAGCCCAUCGCCUUCUACCAGCUGCCCUUCCUGGUGACGGACCCACUGCACCAGGUGGUCUAUGUGCCGCCAGAGAACAAGUGGCCAACGCAGAGCGCUUGGACCUCGUUCACCUACGCCGUGGACGCCCCGGUGGGCACUGAGCGUGCCAUGGUUCGCAGCGAGCCCGGCCUGGUGGUCCUGACCAAUCCCGAUGGCCAGAUCUCGGGCUCCGAUUUCAGCCUGGCCAACAGUGCGGACGGCUGGACCAUGUCGGGGCAGCUGGAGGUGGUGGAUGGCGUGCCAUCCCAAGGGCUUCGACACAUGUCGCACUCCUGGGGCGGACUUAGCAACUACAUCUCCGGCGUGGAUGAGGUCCAGAGCCUGGACUUCGCCACGGGCAUUGACCUGGCGAAGUGGUACUUCGAGGCCUCCCAGGGCUUCUGCAAGAAGGAGCUGGCAGUGGCUUAUGGGGGCUACCUGCGGUUCCGAGUCCGCGGGGAGUACGGGAACUUCCUCGAGUUGAACGACCCGCUGGACUGGGUCACCAUCGAAUGUGAGUCCUGCGACAGCGGCCAGGGUGCCCGCAUAGUUCGCUUUAUUGACGAAACACUGCGCUGGGUGGGGGACGAGACUUACGCAGAGUUCUACUUGCAUGAAAACGGCAGGUGGUCCUACGAUCCUUUGAACUCUGCGGCGCAGUUCACCUACGCAACUUCCUGUCAGAUCGCGGCCAUCUUGACCAAUGUCUCCCGCAUCGCCAUCCUUGGCGACUUCACGCGUGGAGGGGAAGGGAUCGGCUUGGACGAUGUGACGGUGGUGUCGACAGGGACGGCAGAGCAGCCGUCCUAUCCGUUGGAGUGCCAGCAGGGCUGCAUUUGCCGCCACAACCCGGCGAUGGUCCAUCCAACCUGCUGUUGAGCUCCGGAAGCCUGGCCGCAACCUGGUCCCCAAGGUGUCCAGUGAAACGGCACAGGUAGUUGAGCCUACGGUUGGCGCUACGGUUGGCGCUACUACAUGGUCAAUCUGUCCAUGGUUCCGUCAGCCAGUGCCAGAGAUGCCAGGUGUUUGAUCUGCA